AGAAGAGAAGCUGUACGUGGACCAAUGAGAGUCGAUGGAAAAGCAGCAGAAGCUUUCGGAUGUCUGCGGGAACUGUCAGUGCCGGGCUCAGGACAGGUGAAGGCAGCAAUAGCAUCGCUUCUUUUUCACUGCUGCUUUAAUGUCGCUGGGACUGUCACCAUGAAGCUGAUACCCUUUCAUACUGGGGGAGUCUCCUUCAUCCUGGCCGUCCUCUUGGUUCUGCAUUACUGUCACAUAGCCAGCAUUCUUGGCCACAAGUCUGGAGGUGAUUUAAUUGUGGUGGAAAACACAGAACAUGAGGCUGUAAAUGGUGAACAGGAAGAGGUGGCAGUAGAUGAUGUGGAAGAUGAUGAAGGAGAUUUAGACGUUGUCCAGCCCAGUGAGCAGUGGCAGACACUUAAACCAGGUCAGGCAGUGCCACAAGGUUCUCAUGUGAGGCUGAAUCUGCAAACGGGUGAGAGGGAGGUCAGGCUGGGAGAAGAGCAGCUGAAAUACUGGACAGAGGAGCACAGGGAGGAAGAAGAGCUCCGGUCUUCUUUUAAUCCCGAUGAGCUGAAACGAGCCAUGAAGAAGAUAAAAGAGGACUGGAAGCUUGCAAGCAAGGACACAGAGCAGAAGGACUCUGUGGCUUCUAAGUUUCGCACAAUGGAGGAGUUGAAGAAAGACAUGGCUCAGCUGGACCUGCUGCUGGAGACGGAUGUUCAGAUAAUGAAGCGUCUGCUGGAGCAGUUCAACAGCAGCAACUCAACUACCGAACAAAGACUGAGCAUCCUGACGGAGCUCGAAUAUCUGGUGCAUCAGGUGGAUAAUGCUCAGACUCUGUGCUCCAUGGGGGGCCUCCAGUUCAUUUUAGAAGGUCUGAACAGCUCUGACUUCAGAUUACAGGAAAGCUCUGCCUUUGUCCUGGGCUCUGCAUUAGCCAGUAAUCCAGCAGUUCAAGUUGAAGCCGUGGAGAAUGGCGCCCUGCAGACAUUGUUAACCACGCUGGCCACUGCUCAGCAACUCAGAGUCAAAAAAAAGGUUCUGUUUGCAGUGGCUUCCCUCUUGCGUCACUUCCCCUAUGCACAGCGUCACUUCCUGACACACGGGGGUCUGCAGGUCCUGUCAGAGCUGUUCAGGACUGACGACAGUGGAGUUCUGCGUACACGCAUCGUCACCAUGUUAUACGAUAUGAUUACUGAAAAGGAGCUGAUCUUCCAGGGAGGUCUGGACCCAGUACUGGAUGCGUCUCAUGAUGAGCGGCGGCGGCAGUACUCUAAAGUGUCUUUGCAGGAGGAGCUGUUGGAAAAGGGCUGGUGCACUCUGGUCCCACAGCUCCUGGAGUCUUCAGAGAAUGACUACAGAGAGAAGGCUCUCCAGGCUUUGUUGGCAAUGGCUCCAGUGUGUUUGGAUCAGUACCGCUCAGACGGCUCUCUGCAGGCUUCUCUUCACUCUCUGAAGCAAGAGUACCAGGAAAUGAUCCAGUCAGAAAUAAUUCUAGGAGAGGAGAACAGCUACUUUGAGGAGAUUGUAGAACUCAUAGAUGCACUGCAAGUCAAAAUGAAAUGAUCAGAGGACAGCACUUUGACAUUUCAUAUGAACACAGCAUACAUCGAUGAGCUGGUACAUUUACUCUGUUGGGGUGAGACAGUCAAUCGCAGAGCAGUGGACAAAGAGCACCACAAGGAACACAAUUUUGGGGACAUAACGAGUGAACUGGCCCUGAGGAAGACAGCUGUGCGAUUAGUCAGCAUGAACACAACCAACAAAUACUUCUUGUGUGGCCUAAAAAUGUUCUCCACACUUCUGAAGCUUUGUAUGGCCUCUCUGAGAAUUUACCAUCAAUAACGUUGCUUUUCUUCUAAUCACUGUGGUGAGUGGGUAGGGUGGUGUACACACACCGCUAAUCCCAAAGAACAGUGAUCCCUGUUGCUGUAUGGAGUCUCUUCUGGUUGCAGUCACAAGUGAAUGUGUCACAGAAGGAAUCGAUUCACAGUGACGGUGGCACAGUGAUGGCCAUGUAGUCCCGCUGCAUGUUUGAUAGGAAGCAAGAGCUGGGUCAUGUGCUUUGAAGCAACUUCACUAUGCCAGGAUGUAACUGGCUUCACUUACUCUAACAUUAGACAUCAGGUUAGGUUAAGUGUGCGUAUUAUGGGCGUUAUUAAGUCAGAGUUUCAUGCAGAAAGCAGCGUUUAGCAACGUCUGACUGAUCAUGAACGUGGAUAUGUUUACUGGCAGCAGAGCGACGUAUUUUAUGAAGACCGUCAAGCAACGCUGCAGCCACAGCCGUAGUAUCUGAAUGUGGAGUGCUAUACAUUACAGUAUUAAACAACACUGUAUGAUUGCAUGUAUUUUCAAACAGAGACUUUGUGACUACAUGGGAAUGUAAAAACUGUUUGAUAUUUAAUUUUAAAGUCAUGCCACUCUGUACAGUGGACAGUGUGAAUGAUACUGUAACAUGAACGAGUGUUGUUGGUGACACACAGACAGAUGGACAGGUGUAGCAGUCCACUUCCAGCUCCUCUCUCCUCUAGGUCCCGACCUGGCCCCACUGCACCACCCCUUCCCUGCAGCAGAGCCACAGACCACACCCCACCACAAUUACUGUUUAUGUAACUUAGGCAACCUGACUUUCCAAUAGUCACAUCCAAUGGAAACACAUUUUUCAUCAGUUUUAAAAUAAAAAAAACAGGAUUGUAUUUGAAAUUUUAUUUUCUAAGACUAAUAUGUUCUACUCUAUAGGUUACAGGAAAUGUAAGCAUUAUAGUCUGGCAACACAAGUUAUUGCCACUAACAAGAAUGUGCUGCAAGUUGCAGUAGAAUUUGGAUAGAUUUAGCUCUUUGGGGCGUGGUGGAUUUUGUAGUAAUAUUUUCACUCUGGACUGAUAACUUCAAAAUAUUCAUGUGUUUAUUUAUUUGAAAAAGAUGGUGUUCUGUUGAUGUGUGUUCAAGAAAGUAACUUAUGGCCCCAAAAUAAAAAAUGAGUGUUUCCAGA